UCGUAAAUACUUUUCUUUACUUAUUUAGUUGUUUGUUUAUAUGAAGUGUAAACAAUUCAAUAAUUUGAUUUUUUUUUUCUUUGAGUCUUUUGGUACAUUGUUUUGUGUUUGUUAACUUGUUGGUUGCUUAAUUGUAAUGAGAGUACCAAUGGGUUUGUUUUAUUUUGGUGAAUUUUAGUAAAGAAGCUGAGGUUUGGACACUUUUAGUGUGGACUCUUUUAGAGUAAUUUGGGACUUGGGUAGCUCAUAUCAAUGCCAAAAGGUUGAUUUCUGAAUGCUUUCCUUUGUGUAAAAGUUAGGUACUGAGCUUGGUUAGUAUGGGAUUUAGCCAUGCCAAUGUUAUUGGGGUUGACUACCAGGAAAGAUUAAGAAGUUGUUGUCUUGCUUUUGAUAAGUUUAUAUGUCGGGAUGAGGUUAUUAUCUCUUGCAAGUUGGUGCAGUUCCAAUUCCAGUGUCUUAUAAGUUUUUGGGAAGGUCGUGCUUAAGUUGAUUAAAAUUACAUUGUCUCGAAUCCUUUUGUUCGGGAAACCUCAUGACCUUCAAAAAGUUCAUGAUUGUUCUUCAAGUCAAUUCUUAUGUCCUGCCAAACUGGUACUUGGGUAACAUCCAUGUCAUUACUUCCAAAAAAUGACUGAGCAUUGGUUUCAAAGUGGUGUCCAGUGACUAAACUUCUUACUUCUAGUCUGUUGUUAUCUUCCCUCUUUCUUUCUCCUACCAUAGUUUUUAUGGUUUUCAGUAUGAUAUGAACACAGUGUAGUGCUGGUGAUUACUGGACACUCUUGGAAACCCUUGGCUAUUUUGUGGAAAUGCUUCUUGCAUCAGACAUGGCGUAGGGAAGUGCUUUUCCAAACCAUGUUUGGGGUUGAAUUGAGUGUUAUCUGAUAUGUGUAUGCGUAUUUGUAUAUGUUUCCUUUUAAUUUAACUUCUUGCAAGUAUGUUUUGAUGUAAUUAGGUUUCUCUUAUAUGUUAGAAGCAUGUAUGGAAUUUGGAUCCCAAAUGUUGAUAUAGUCCAAGGGUUUGCCUUGUGCAGCUUUUGGCAUUUAAAAUCUGGCAUAAUGUUUAAGCAUAAAAAAUUUUAACUCUUUUGAAACUAGUGUUUCCAAAAUCUGGAUUGCCUCUGUCUUGUAAAAUUCUAUGUUCCUGUAACAUGGGGUAGCUGAAUUCUGUCUAUAAGAAAGGAAGAUGUUGGCUAUCUUAGAACAUGUAAUUACUAUAUAAAAGCAUUAUUAUAUAAAAGCAUUUUGCAGUUUUUAUGAGUGGUAUAGUUGAUGAUAUGAACUGUUUUGUUGGAGAUUAUUACUGCCAGCAGUUUGAGGUCCUAUGCGUGUGUAGGGCAAGGGUUGUUUAGGAACAUUCUCCAGUUCGUUAUAAGUCCUGCAACAAUCCACCAUGACCGUCAACCUUUUAAAACCCUUGCCUUUACCACCAUGAACAUAGGAAUCUAAGAGGAGACAGUUAAGCAAAUAUGAAUUGAGUUAAGAGAGAAGGCAUUGCACUGUAGCACUGAUCAGUGAUUGCUAACUACUGACUUGUAGACAGAGAAAUGUCUGUGCAUGAUAACUCAUAUAUUAAAAAGAAGAGGAAAGAGUUCCAUCCUCAUUGCCUCAAAUAUUAUAAACAGGAAAAAGGAAGAAGAAAAAUUACAGAAUGUAAGAAAUAUCUUUUUUGUUUUACCUAGGAUGGAGAUUAAUACAUAGGUUCUUUUUCCCCCUCUUCCAGUCUGGAUAUUUUGGGCUUUCUUUUUAAUUAAGCAGAUGCAAUUAAGGAGUUGAAUUUUAUUGGAUGGUGGUUAAGUAAUUCAUUAAGCAAGAAGAGUAGUUAAAGUGUGGUAGAAUGAGUUUCUUUUGUGAGUGAGCUUCUGUUUGGCGACUGGGUUAACAGGUUAGUUGGUAAAUUGGCCCCUUGAUUGGUCUGAUGUUACAGUUGAACCAUUUAAGAGUCAGCCUGGCCGAACCAGCCUACUCUGACAUUUAGCAUUUGACAUGGUAAGAGCUAGUCCUCUUUAUUUGUUUCACAACAAAAGUGCUUAUCCUUGGCAUUUUAAGAUCCCAAACUUUCCCUGUUUUUCUAAAAUUUGUCAUUUCUUGGCAGUUAACCCCUUCACAUAUAAUACUACAUAUGGCAUGUUGAACAGUGGUUGUGCAUUUUGAAAAUACAAGUGUCUAAACUCUAAGGGUGAUAUUUUCACAGGGAUUAGGAAUGGACCACUAUGAGCUGCAGGCACAGAGAAGGGAGAGGAAGCAUAAAGGAAGAAAUGUAGUAUGGUCGAUUGCAAUGGAUAAGUGUCUAAUCGAAGCUCUGGCCAUUCAGGCUAAAAAUGGGAAUAAAAUUGACAAAUGCUUUAAUGAAAAUGCAUAUACUGCUGCUUGUAUUUCUGUGAACUCUCAUUUUAAUUUAAACUUGAACAAUCAAAAAGUUGUUAAUCGUCUGAAGACAAUUAAGAAAAGGUACAAGGUAAUGAAGGAUAUGUUAAGCCAAGAUGGAUUCAGGUGGAAUCCAAAUACGAAGAUGAUUGAAUGUGACAGUGAAGAACUGUGGAAAAGAUAUAUAGCGGCACAUCCCAAUGCAAGAGGAUUUCGAGGAAAACAGAUUGAGAUGUAUGAUGAACUAAAGAUUGUUUGUGGCAAUUAUCAAGCCCCUAGUCGUUGGGCUAAGAUGAAGGAUGGAAGUCAUCCAACUGGGUAUAAGAAUUUUGAAGAAGAUUCUGCUUCUUUCUUAUCACCAAGUUCAGAUGACUCAAGUGAUACAGAUGGAACAGAGUCAUAUACCGGGCCACCGGAGUAUUUGCAAGAUGGUAGUCAAGACCAUCCGGUAAUGGAGCCUCUCAGACAACAUCCGAAGCGGCCUCGUGGGUCAGAUGCUCUGCAGGAGGCGAUGUUGGCAGUGGCAUCCAGCAUUCGGCGGUUGGCUGAUGCAAUGGACCGAAGUAAAACUAAAAUCAACACAUCUGAAUUGCUACAGGCUGUUAUGGAGAUCGAUGGUCUAGAAGAAGCUAAACAGAUGUAUGCAUUUGAGUAUUUGAAUGCUGACCCUAUCAAAGCUAGGGCCUUCAUGACAUAUAAUGUUCAGAUGAGGAAGACAUAUUUGUUUAGACAGUUUUGGUGGUGGAAAUGACCGGCGUCGACUUUCAAAAACCUUUUGGUAUAUAAUCUACAGUACUUUGGGAAUAUUUAUGGAUGAUGGCACAUCAAACCUUAUUUCAUUGAUCAUUGGAAGUGAAUGUACAGAUAGAUACAUGUUUACAGGUUAAAACACAAAUGGCUUGAAGCCUGUAUUGUAAAGAAACAAACAGGGAGCUCAUGUCCCUUUUCUUUGAGUGAGGCUACUUCAAGUGUCAGUUUUAUUAACUUGGAUAUAGUUUUUGUUGGUUUGGAUUUCUUAAAACUAUUUGAAUUUAUACUUGUGUGUGUACUUGUUACAUUGCAAAGCUGCCAUUUUGAUGAUACAAGCUUUGCCAUAUCACUUCUAU